GCCUGCCUGCGCUUCCUUUCCAUAAUUUCCGUUCGACAAGUCUAGACCCGUCGAGACAUUCAUCCAAGAGGGUUGAAUUGCGUGCCGUGUCGUGGAAGAGAAGCCAAAGCUUGGUGGAGAGGAGAACCAGCCAUGGCGGCGGAAGCGGGAGCGACUGCGGCGGCUGGGGGAGAGGGGGGAGCGGCGGCGCCGGCGGGGGGGAAGAUGACGAUGGUGGUCGGGGUGGACGAGAGCGAGCACAGCUACUACGCGCUGCAGUGGACGCUCCGCCACUUCUUCGCGUCCCCGGACCCGGCGCUGCAGCAGUACCGCCUCGUCGUCGUCACCGCCAAGCCCACCGCCGCCUCCGCCGUCGGCCUCGCCGGACCAGGCGCCGCCGACGUGCUGCCGUUCGUGGAGGCGGACCUGAAGCGGAGCGCGAUGCGCGUCAUCGACAAGGCCAAGGAGCUCUGCGCGCAGGUGAGCCAUGCUGUCUUUGAAGUGAUGGAAGGGGACGCGAGGAACGUCCUGUGCGAGGCGGUCGAAAGGCAUCACGCGGAGAUGCUGGUUGUGGGAAACCAUGGAUAUGGAGCAAUCAAAAGGGCUGUUCUCGGAAGCGUGAGCGAUUACUGCAGCCAUCAUGCGCACUGCACUGUCAUGAUCGUGAAGAAGCCAAAGCACAAGCAUUAAUGAAGCAAUGCUCCAGCUUUGCUUAACCCUGCAGUGAUCAGUACGCUGUUUACAUGCAUACAUGUGAAUUUGGGGCCGGAUUGUUGUUUAUCAGUGUGAAUAAAUGGCUGGUGGAUCUCACAUCUAUAGUGAAACUCCUGCAAGUAGCAUAUACUAUCCUGAACUCUGGAUUGAUAAGGCCAAUAAUUUCCUGCCUGGCACAUAGAGCAGCGGAUGUCUGUGUACAUCCUUGGAUGCAGACACUCACUGGGAGAGUUUCUUUCUAGAUAUGUAUGUAAAAUAAAGUGUGUUCUGUGAUGUAUGCAGUACAGUGAAACCCUGUUUAAUCAAGAUUGGUAAUUCCAUGCAUA